UUUUCUUGGCCUAUUUCGAGUUCCUGGUGCGUGUGUUCUAGUCUGCUGCUCAGAUAUAUAGGUGUGUUGCCGCUGGACGUAUCUGACCUGUCCCGUCAGAUCCCUGGGAAAAUCUGAUCGCGCGCUCAUAGUCAGAGGAAUCAUGUCGUUCGCCGGCGAAUCUGUCAUUGCUAACGGUCUGCUGCUGCUGCCGCCGCCUGUGUCGUCGGCCGCGAUAUACUCCUCCACCGGCAGCUGGUAUCACCUGCUCGUGGUCCAAGGUUACUCCUGCAUCAAAGACACACCCCCUGGGAAGUGCAUCACUGGUUGCUGUUUUAGAGCUGGAGCCUAUGAAUGGACUAUAGGGCUCUAUCCCAACGGUUAUCUCCAGGCUCCAGGUUUCAUGUCCGUUUUUCUUUUUCUUCAACGGGGACAGGAUGUUGCACAGCCUGUGAAAGCGCAUCUGCACUUCAGUUUCGUUGACGAGGUUGACCAACAAGAGCCUGCACGCAUCCGUGCACAACAAGCAGACGAAUUCCAUCGCAGUGGCCUAGGCCAGGGUUGCUAUCGUUUCAUAAAAGUAGAGGACCUUGAGCAGUCAAAGCAUUUCAAGGAUGACUCGUUCACCAUCAGAUGCGAUUUUGUCAUCCCGGAAGCUGCUGCUAACUUCAUCGAGGUACAACCAUCCAACAUAUGCGAGCAGCUGAACCAUCUCCUUGCUACAAAGGUCGGUGCUGAUGUGACAUUCGAGGUUGGCAGCGAGAUGUUCGCCGCUCACCGGUGCGUGCUUGCGUCUCGUUCCGCAGUCUUUAUGGCGGAGCUCUUUGGUCCCAUGAAGGAAGGAACUACUACAGCUGGUGCCAUACAGAUACAAGACAUGGAGCCAAAUGUGUUCAAGGCCUUGCUUGGUUUCAUCUACACCGACUCGAUGCCCAAGAUGGAGGUUGAAGCACCAGAAGCUGGAUCUGACGUUGCGUGGCUGCAGCACUUGCUUGUUGCUGCAGACAGGUAUGAUCUCCAGCGGCUCAGGUCGAUGUGUGAAAAGAGGUUGUCGGAGCACAUAGACAUGAGCUCGGUCACAACCAUACUAUGUCUAGCUGUACAGCACCAUUCGUGCGGACUGAAGGAGGCCUGCCUGGAGUUCCUCAAAGUGCAAUCCUCUAAAGACCUGGGACAGAUUAUGGCGACCAGUGACUGGGAGCACAUUGCCGCCAAUCCCUUUGUUAUGAACGAGCUCGUCAUCAAGCUUGCUUCGAGAGUGUAGCUCGCUGCUUGCUCGUCAUCAUCCUAGCCGUUGGGCUACUAGCGCUCUGCCGAUGUGUUUGCCGUGCUCUUCCCAGACGUGCAUGCAUGGUAUGGUUUUACCGUUUUAGGCUUCAGUCAACAUGUUUUUCUUUUUCUUCCGCUGGAGUUUGAGUAGUGUUAGCAACUGAGUCCGGUUUGAAGUAAGCAUUUGUGUUGUUUUAGCAACUUAUA